AUGUUGAUGUCAGAGCCCCAGGUGAACCUCAUCGAAACAUGGGGUCUAAUCAGCAUUGGAGAGGCGGUGACCCAAAUAGGUGUUGAAGGCAAGAUGGGUAUCCAUAGCAAGACAGUAGGGGUGUAUUUAGGUGAGGCAACAUGUGCGUUGUUCGGUGAGGCAGUAGGGGCGCCAUUCGACCAGGCAAACCAGGCGGUGAGCGCUGAAAGCGAGGCGACCCAGUUAGUGAGGGUCGAAGGGGAGGUACACGCGCCAGUGGCGUCGCCAGGCACUAGGCGCGGCCAAAUGGGUGUACGAGCGGUGUCAUCGGGGCAAGGAUGCAAACGGAUGACGUCGGACACCGAUUUGUCAAUGUUGGGUGAUCCAAGCAUAGCGGCGGAGGUUGGGCACAGAGCUAGGAAGCCUGGGUACGGGGUUAUGGAGCAGAGUACGACAGAGGAUACUAGUGUUUCUAAUGACACUGAUUCUGGUCAAAUGUCGGAUGAUAUGGUUCGUUCAGGUGAAACUCCAUGGAAUUAGAUCCCUCAAGGCUCUCCUAGUAGUGGCCUAGACAAUGCUUCUCUUCUCCCUCAC